AAAUACAAAGAGUAUGAGAAAGAUGUUGCCAUAGAAGAGAUCGAUGGCCUCCAACUGGUGAAGAAGCUGGCAAAGAGCAUGGAAGAGAUGUUUCACAAGAAGGCUGAGGCAGUGCGGCGUCUUGUGGAGGCUGCGGAAGAGGCACACCUGAAACAUGAAUUUGAUGCAGACUUACAGUAUGAAUACUUCAACGCUGUGCUGAUCAAUGAAAGGGACAAAGACGGGAACUUUUUGGAGCUGGGGAAGGAAUUCAUCUUAGCCCCAAAUGACCAUUUUAAUAAUUUGCCUGUGAACAUCAGUCUGAGUGACGUCCAGGUGCCAACAAACAUGUACAACAAAGACCCAGCAAUCGUCAAUGGAGUAUAUUGGUCCGAAUCCCUAAACAAAGUUUUUGUAGAUAACUUUGAUCGUGACCCGUCUCUCAUAUGGCAGUACUUUGGAAGUGCAAAGGGCUUUUUUCGGCAGUAUCCAGGGAUUAAAUGGGAACCAGAUGAGAAUGGAGUCAUUGCCUUUGACUGCAGGAACCGAAAAUGGUACAUCCAGGCAGCGACUUCUCCAAAAGACGUGGUCAUUUUAGUUGACGUCAGUGGCAGCAUGAAAGGACUCCGUCUGACCAUCGCGAAGCAAACAGUCUCAUCUAUUUUGGAUACAUUGGGGGAUGAUGACUUCUUCAACAUAAUUGCUUAUAACGAGGAGCUUCACUACGUGGAACCAUGCCUGAAUGGAACGCUGGUGCAAGCCGACAGGACAAACAAGGAGUUCAACCACACAGGACAAGGAAGUAUCUGCAGCCAGGCCAUCAUGCUCAUCACCGAUGGGGCGGUGGACACCUAUGACACAAUCUUUGCAAAAUACAAUUGGCCAGACCGAAAG